AUGGAUGUGGCCACAGGAAUAAUCAUUUUAUCAGAGACUCUUUUGGGAGCACUGGGAAAUUGCUCUCUUCUCUACCACUACCUGUUUCUCUACUGCACUGAAGGCAGAGUGCGGGCCACAGAUUUCAUUCUUAUGCAUUUGACUGUGUCUAACUCCUUGGCCAUUCUCUCGAAAGGACUCCCCCAAACGUUGGCAGCUUUGGGUCUGACACAUUUCAUCAGUGAUUUAGAAUGCUGCCUCCUUCGGUACGUUCAAAGAUUGGCCAAGUGCAUGUCCAUUGGCACUACCUGUGUCCUGAGUGUCUUCCAGGCCAUUAUGGUCAGCCCUAUGGACUCCUGCUGCAAGGAUCUGAAAGUCAAAGCUCCUCAGUAUGUCACUGUCUCAGUUUCCUUCUGCUGGAUCCUGUAUGUGUCUGUUAAUAUCAUUUUUCCUGUGUACAUAUUGUACAUAUCUGGUAACUGGAGUAUGAUAAAUAUCACAAACAAAAGAGAUUUGGGCUACUGUUAUAGUUAUGAUAAUGAGAAUGUCUCUGGCCCAGUUUAUUUGAUAUUACUUGUACUCCCUGAACUUUUGUUUUCUGUGCUCAUUGUCUGGGCCAAUGGUUCCAUGAUACUCUUCCUGUACAGGCACAAGCAAAGAGUCCAACACAUCCACAGGAAUCAUGUUUCCUCCAGAUCCUCAGCUGAGUCCAGAGCCACCCAAAGAAUUCUUGUUCUGGUGAGCACCUUUGUAUAUUUUUACAUACUCGCCUCUCUCUUUCGUAUUUUCAUGGCUCUAUUUGAUGAUGAAAAUUGGUGGCUGAUUAAUACUGAAAACAUCAUUUCUCUGUGUUUUCCUACCGUGAGCCCCUUCCUGGUUAUGAGGCGAGAUUCCCCUGUAUUCAGAGCAUCCUUUGCCAUGAUGAAAAAUAAGAAAUCCCGUUAUCAUACUCCCAAGUAG